AUGGUUGGCUACCAGCUUCUCCUGUGGGAGAGAAUCUUACUCUUCUUGGAGCUUCUGCCUGAGGACAAGUGUCCCCUUGCUAAAGUUCUGCAUGCCAAGGUCAUCAAACUUUCGAAGCAACAGAUUGAUGCUAGUUGCCGUUCCGCGGAUUCUCCAGCACGUGCCAUGGUGGCAAUAAAAAUCAUUGACAAAUCUCAACUUGAUUCUGUGAAUCUGGAGAAAAUUUAUCGUGAAGUGCAGAUAAUGAAAAUGCUGGAUCAUCCACACAUUAUCAAGCUUUACCAGGUGAUGGAGACCAAAAGCAUGUUGUACCUUGUGACGGAAUUUGCCAAAAAUGGAGAAAUAUUUGAUUACCUUGCGAACCAUGGGCGGCUGAGCGAGUCUGAGGCAAGGCGCAAAUUCUGGCAAAUCCUCUCCGCCGUCGAGUACUGUCACAGCCGGAAGAUUGUGCACCGUGACCUCAAAGCUGAAAACCUCCUGCUUGAUAACAACAUGAAUAUCAAAAUAGCAGAUUUUGGGUUUGGAAAUUUCUACAAAAGCGGAGAGCCUUUGACAACAUGGUGCGGAAGCCCCCCUUAUGCUGCCCCCGAGGUCUUUGAAGGUCAACAGUACGAGGGUCCACAGCUGGAUAUUUGGAGCAUGGGUGUAGUUCUCUACGUCUUAGUCUGUGGAGCACUACCUUUCGAUGGCCCUACUCUUCCCAUCCUGAGACAACGAGUCCUGGAAGGGAGGUUCCGGAUCCCCUAUUUCAUGUCAGAAGAGUGUGAGCACCUUAUCCGGAGGAUGCUGGUCCUGGAUCCAUCGAAAAGGCUGACGAUUACUCAGAUCAAAGAGCACAAGUGGAUGCUGGUAGAGGUCCCCGUGCAGAGGCCUGUGCUCUAUCCCCCAGGGCAGGAGAAUGAGCCUUCGAUUGGAGAAUAUAACGAGCAGGUUUUGCGACUGAUGCAUAGCCUGGGAAUAGACCAACAGAAAACCAUUGAGUCGCUGCAGAACAAGAGCUACAACCACUUUGCCGCGAUCUAUUACUUGCUCAUCGAGAGACUCAAGUCUCAUCGCAGCAGCUUCCCCGUGGAUCAGCGGCUGGAUUCCCGUCAGCGGCGACCAAGCACCAUCGCCGAACAGACAGUCGCCAAGGCCCAGGUGGCCGUGGCGCCCGUCAAUCUGCGCCCCCAGAGCGUGCGGUUGCUGAGGUCUCCCGGCCUGCCUCCCACUUCUGCCACCGAAGCUUUCUCGUUCCCUCCUUCCGGCUGCCAGGCGGAAUUGGCUUUCAUGGAAGAAGAGCGCAUCGACACGCCAAAGCUCAACGGCUGCCUGCUGGAUCCUGUUCCCCCGAUGAUGGGGAGGAAGGGGUGCCAGUCUCUGCCUAGCAGCAUGAUGGAAACCUCAAUCGACGAAGGCAUAGAGACGGAGGGAGAGUCUGAAGAGGAUCCCGCGCAAGCGUUUGCUGCCCUGCAAGCCACUCGCUGUGGGAAGAGGCGUCACACUCUGGCAGAAGUAACCAACCAGCUGGUUGUAAUGCCAGGCACAGGGAAAGUCUUCUCCAUGGACGAGAACCAGUCCUUGAGCAGCGUUGACUCCGAAUACGACAUGGGGUCCCUCCAGCAAGACUUGAACUUCCUGGAAGACACCCCUUCCCUGAAAGAAAUGGUACUGGCCAACCAGCCGGCUCCCAGGAUGACGCCCCGUUUCAUCGGGCUGAGACCCGCCAAUCCCGCCAUGCAGGCGCUGGCCUCUCAGAAGCGAGAGGCCCACAACCGCUCCCCCGUCAGCUUCCGAGAGGGGCGCAGAGCAUCGGACACGUCGCUGACACAAGGAAUCGUAGCAUUCAGACAGCAUCUUCAGAACCUGGCCCGAACGAAAGGAAUCCUGGAGCUGAACAAAGUCCAGCUGCUGUAUGAACAGAUGAGGUCAGAAGACGGACCCGCCCUGACGUCCACCUCUCAUUUGCAAGACCUUGGGAGCGGUCUGCACCAGGAGGAAGCAUCCCAGCAGCAGGAAGCGGCCUCUGUCUUCCCUAAUGGCGUGCAUCCCCAGCUACUCUCCAGGCGGCAAAGCUUAGAAACUCAGUAUUUGCAGCACAGGCUCCAGAAGCCCAGCCUGCUUUCAAAAGCUCAAAACGCCUGCCAAGUUUUUUGCAAGGAGUUACCGCGGAGCCUGGAGCAGCAGUUACAGGAGCACAGGCUGCACCAGAAACGGCUCUUCCUGCAGAAGCAAUCCCAGCUGCAGGCUUACUUCAACCAGAUGCAGAUAGCCGAAGGGACGUACCCCCGGUCCAGCCAGCUGCCCCUUCCCUGCCACGAAGAGCAGCAGCCCCCGCCACCACACCCUCCCCCGUUCAGCCUGGUGCAGCCCCUGAGCCCUCUCCUGGAGCCGGCCGCGGAGCAGAUGCAGUGCGACCCUUUCCUCAGCCAGUACCCGAAGCUUCCGCUCGACCAGCCGCCCUCGCCCCAGGUCCACGGCGCGUCUCGGCUGCCGUCGCAGAUCCCCCUGCAGCCGCAGUAUCCCUAUCAGACUUGCGAACUGCCGCUGGGCGCCUCGUCGGAACCAGACUAUGCCGGCCCGCAUCAAUAUCCCCUGGACCCGGCGCAGCAGAGCGGCGUGGCAGCCGCCGACAACCAGAGAAGCUCUGACUCUCCCGGGGCCCCGUCCAGCUACGAGGCCUUAGGCCUGGGGGAGUUCCCGGGUCUCUUUGAUUGCGAAAUGAUGGAAACUGUUGACCCCCAACAUGGCGGCUACGUCUUGGUGAACUAGCAGGGGUCGGAGCGUUCCUGGGCAGAAGGUGGUUCGGUUAAAGCGGAGGACUGAAACACGCGUGGAUUUCCAUUUAUGUUCCAUCCCUCAAAUUCUUGGCUUACGAUCCAAUCCUUGACCCUACUGGGUGAAUGUACUAACCCUCCGAAUUGGUACUAGCAGGGAACGGCUGAGCGUCACUGUCCCAGAAAGCUUGGUGGCGGGAGCUGGAGGCAGGUACCGCACUUUUCACAGAGGCAGGACAGGAGGCAGGCAGGCAACCAGGGCGCUUCAAGGAAGGGAGGACGGAAGGAAGGAAGGAAGUGCAGGCAAGCUGACGUGGCCCUUCCGAACUGUCUGGUGUUCUGCGUGCUGCAUCUUGUCUGUCAGAAGGAACCUGGCGGAGUUCAGGAAGGAAAACAGAUGCACCAUACUUCUUGGCAAUAAAAGCAAUACCUUUUUUUUUCUCUCUCUCUCAAAUGGAACUCAGCAAAGACGUGGGUUGAUUUUUAAGGGAAACCAGGAGUGUAGUGCGCCCAGGUCCCUGCAGACUUGGCUCUUAGCUGCCGAGAUAGAACCAGGCUGCAGCCGAUCCUUGGAGGACCCCGGGGCAGCCCUGGUCGUGGGCGUGGAACGUUUUUCUCGAUGCGCAAACCAGGAAAUGUCCGCUCUGUACACACCGUGACAAAUCCUCGGCUCUUUGGCAAACAGGUCUAUGAUCUCCGUAUACCGACAAGACCCGGGAUCUGACUGGUAGGAUUUUGACAGGA